UCGAAACUUCUACAUUUGUUUAUUCGUUUUUGGUGUAUCGCAAAAUAUACAACAUAGUUUCGUAUUUUAUUAACAAAUAGUUCUCACACCUCGUCUUAUUCUUGAGCGUUAACACGUCAUAAAAAUGUCUUUCGAUACAAUACCUAAGGAUUUGCGUGGACUUCGCGCUUGUUUAGUCUGUUCAUUAAUUAAAAGUUUCGAACAAUUCGAAAGUGAUGGAUGUGAUAACUGUGAGGAGUUUCUCCGCAUGAAGAACAACAAAGAUAAUGUAUACGAUCACACAAGUAACAAUUUUGAUGGCAUAAUUGCAUUGAUGAGCCCAGACGAUUCCUGGGUAGCAAAAUGGCAAAGACUCGGUCGGUUCACCCGCGGCGUCUAUGCUAUUUCUGUGUCCGGCAACCUUCCCCAAGCUACGCUCCGUGAAAUGAAAAGUCGAAGUAUAGCUUACAAGUCCAGGGACACCAGUCAGCGUUAACAUUUUCUUUAGUUAAAAAAAAUCAACAAAAUAUAGACCUCUUUUAUAUAACUUUAUUUCAUGCAAAUUAAUAAAAACAAUGUUUUGUGCAAAAGAGAUAAAAUCGUGGUUAAAAUUCAGAAUAAGUUUUAAAUAUAAACAAUAUUUUCUUGAUUCUAAUGAUAAGUAGGGAAAAAACUUUGAUAUUAAAUUAGGCGUAACAGUUGUAAGUGAAUAAAUUUGUUGUUCCCCUACAGGUCUCACAAAAAAUAUUUUUAUACGAAA